UAAACCCGGCUGCUCGCCCGUGUCUCGGGGGCCUCCCACUCCUCGCAGAGUAUGAAUAGCUGCGCUCCCCUCUGCUCUCAGCCACUCACUUCCCUCCCUGCCCUCCCUCUCCUCCAGAGCCUCGGCAUCCUCCCCGACAUCCUCCUCCCCUGCGUCUUCCUCUGGCAGUGCCGGCUCCAGAGCCCCGGCACCCUCCGGCAGCGCCGAUGCUGAGCACGGAAAGUUUCACGGGGGCGAGAGCCCUGGGAGAGGAGUCGCUACAGAUGUGGGACCUCAACAAGCGGCUGGAGGCAUAUCUGGCCCGCGUGAAGUUCCUGGAGGAGGAGAACGAGGUGCUGCGAGCUGAAAUCCAGAGCGCCAAGGGCAGCCCGGCCGGGGACUCGUGGCGGGUGAAGUACGAGGAGGAUCUGCGAGCCCUGCGGGAUGCGCUGGAUCACGCCUUCAGGGAGAAGUGCACGGCCGAGCUGGCCAGGGACAACCUCUACGAGGAGGUCCAGCAGGUGAAAAGCAGGUGCCAGAAGGAGCAGGCAGCCCGAGAAGAGGCCAAGAAGCAGCUGUCCUUGAGCAGGAAGGAGCUGGAGGAGGAGAGGAGAGCGCAGAUCUGGCUGAAGGAGAGAGCUGUGCAGCUGGAGAAGGAGGUGGAAGCCUUGCUGGAGGUGCACGAGGAGGAGAAAGCGGGGCUGGACCAGGAGAUUGCGAGCUACUCCCAGAGCCUGGAGAGCUUCCGCUGUGCACCGGUGGCUUUCCAGCCCGUGGAGGUGGAGGACUAUUCCAAGAGGCUCUCGGAGAUCUGGAAAGGGGCAGUGGAGACCUACAAGACGGAGGUGUCGCAGCUGGAGGGCUCCCUCUGCCAGGCCAAGGAGAACCUGUGGAAAGCAGUGGAGGACAACCAUAAGAGCCAGCUGCAGCUGCAGCACCUGGAGAAGGACCUGGCGGGGCUCAAAGUGAGGAAGGAGAUGCUGGAGGAGAGCCUGGCCCAGCAGUGGCAGGAGCAGCGUGGGGAGGCAGAGAAGUUCCAGCUGGCGAUGGAGGCCCUGGAGCAGGAGCAGCAGAGCCUGCGGGUGCAGAUCGCCCGGGUGCUGGAGGACAGGCAGCAGCUCAUGCACCUCAAGAUGUCCCUCAGCCUGGAAGUGGCGACCUACAGGACGCUGCUGGAAGCGGAGAGCACUCGCCUGCAAAUGCCAGCCGGGGAAUUCAGACUGGUCAACGGCGUGCGAGAUCUCAAACUGGAGGCGAGCAGCGGCAGCAAACUGGUACCAGCAAGCCCUGAGCCCAGGCGGCUGCUGCCCCGGGACCACGGCGCCAGCCCCUCUGUCUUCCCCAGGGCAGAGGGGAGGGGCCAGCCAGCAAAACCUCAGAGCGACGCCCUGACACCCAAAAGCCAGAGCCCCGACGUCAGGGAGCUCCAGAAAAUCAGCUCAGUCCUCCACGGCACAGCUGCUGGCAGGGCUGGGCGUCCGGGUGUCCCCGGGUGCCCCACACCGAGCCCCUCCCAAGCUGCCCCUCCUCUCUCCCCGGAGCCCCCCAGCCCCUCCCCACCGGAGCCGGGGAGCCCAGGGGGAGAGGGUCCCGCCUGGCCGGGGGGAGCCGGGGGGGUGACGAGCCCAGAGACGGAGCGUCCCCUGCCCGGAGCCACGACAGAGAGCCCCGAGGACGGUGUGAAGCCCCCCGGAACGGCGCCCACCCGCAGCCUGCAGUACCCGGCCCAGCUGGUCAGCCACGCCCUGGAGGACGCGCUCAAGGAAGUGGAAGAUGAUGCUCAGCCCGAGGAAGAGCCCACCCUCAGCGCCGUGUGGGCCCCCCAGGAUGCCCGUGCCCCCAGCCCCGUUUUCCCCACAGAGGCUUGUGGAGGGGCUGUGGCAGAGGGGACAGGGGAAGGGCAAGACCCCUCCGAGGGCUCUGGGGACGGUGAUGGCCCCGAAGUGGAGGAGAGGGCUGGGGAAGCCGAGCUCCAGGGGCUGGGUGUGGAGAGCAGCAUCCUGGGGGACAGAGCCACAUCCCCCCUGGGCACGGCCCUGAGUGACACAGUGAGACGGGAAGAGAUGGGAGCGUGGGAGGAGGAGGAGGUGCCUGCUGUGCUGAGCCCAAGGGAUCCAGAGGCAGAGGUCCAGGAAGAGGAUGUGAGUGGUCCUGGACAGACAGCGACCAGCUGGGAAAAACCAGGGCAAGAGGAGGAUGGGGAAGAGACCCCAAGCACGGAGCCAUCACAACCCUCAGAAGAUGAGGAGGAGAGGGGACCCCACAGUCCCUGUCAGGAGGAUGGAGAUUUCCAUGGAGAAGGAGGGGAUGAGCCAGAAGAGGAGUCUCCAGAUGGGGAAGUGGAAGCUGCUCGUGCUGUCCUCAUGGAAAGCCACCUGGUUUCACCCACAAAGAGUCACCUGGAAGAGGAUUUUGUUGAUGCAGAGCAGGAAAAUUCUGAGCAUCAGAAAAUUACUGCAUGUGAGACAGAGGCUGCAGAGCAGGAAAGGGGACAGGGGCUGUGCCCAGAGCAGGAGCCCUCGACUGUUCAUGAGGCCGUCCCAGCAGAGGAGGCUUCAUCAGGAGCUGAAGAAGAUGCUGUGGGAGGGGAGGACACAGGCAGAGUGAAAGAUGGUGAGGGAGAAGAGGGAGAGGCCAGCAGGGAGAUGCUGAGAGGAGAGGACCCUGGGGCAGGAGAGGAUCCUGGGGCAGGAGAGGACCCCAAGGCAGGAGAGGAUCCCAGGAAAGGAGAGGAUCCUGGGACAGGAGAGGAUCCUGAGGCAGGAGAGACUGCAGGAGGUGACACCCCGGGGUGGGAGAGCAGAGCCCCAGAGGAGCCUGAGGACCCGCAGGAAGCCAGAGCUUCUGUGGAAGAGGGUGGGGAACAGGAGCUGGAGCUGGAAGAGGAGCCCUGGGGCAAGGGGGAUGAUGGCAAUGGCCAAGAGCCCUGUCCAGGGGACUGGGAGGUGACAGCAGAGGACACAGAGGGGGCUUUGGGCACAGAAGUGUCAGCCUGGGCUGAUGACACUCCGUCCAGCACAGGAAGGCUGGAAAGUGAGGAGAGAGAUGGCACAUUGCCAGCAGAGCUGGAGGAAGCCCAGGAAGACGAUGAAGAAGAUGCCAAGAGCCAGGGGAUGAGCCAGCAGCAACCACUGCCAGAGGCUGAGCCAGCACCGGAGCUGGCAAGGGAGGAGCAGGAGGGCACUGCAGGGCAGCCUGACCCAGCCACCCCACAUGCCCCUGGGCGAGGGGACAGCCAGGAGCCGGCCGAGGCUCCGGAGGAGCCGUGGGAGGUGCAGGGUGAGGAUGCUGAAGAGGGGCUCGGCUCAGAGCUGGGGCAGCCAGAGAGCAGCAGCUCCGGCCUCGAGGCACUGCAGGAGGUGUCAGGUGAGGGCACAGAGAGCAGUGAGUGGGCAGAGGAGGAUUUCGGGAGAUUGGGAGACUCGGAGCCCAUCCCAGGCACCGGCAGGAGGGUGGAGCUGGAGGACACCCUGCCGGACAGCACACCCUUGCACCUCUACGAGGGGGAGAUGCUGGCUGGGGGUGCACCCAGCCAAACCCCCCCAGAGACUGAGGAGACCACGGAGACAGACCCUGUGACUGAAACAGCUCCAGAGGGGGAAGAGUGGCUGGAAGGGAGGGACAAGCCACUGACUCCCACCAUGCCAGAGAGCCCUGAAGAAGAGGCAGAGGCAGAGGUGGCCCCUGUGGCGGAGGGUGCUGAGGAGGAGGAAGGAUAUUUCAUGGUCUCUGCUCCCAGCCAAGAGAUGUCCAGCUCGGAGGAAGCUGAGAUCUCCGAGGACUUUGAAGAAAUUAAAGUGGAAGCAACUGAAGGCAGCCAAGGUGACCUGGGAGCUCCCAGAGAAGCAUCUCCAGUGCCAGAGGGCAAAGGGCACCUCCAGACUUUUGUUGGGGAAGCAGAAGAAGACAUGGAGAUGCCCACAGAAGAACCUGAGAAGCCACAGGAUGAGGAGGAGGAUGGCACUGCUGAGCUGGAGGAAGGCCCAGCUAUGCCUGAAGCAGAUCCCAGCAGCCCCGGGGCCAUGGGACCAUUAACAGGAGGCACUGACCAGCCAGCCCAGGGUGCCACAGGCACCAGAGCACAGGAGGGACCCGACCACUCUGAGGGUUUGGCUGCUGAAUCGGAUGAGGAGCUCCAUGGCACAGUGGAGCUGGAGAGCGAUGCCAGUGGAGCCACAGCACUCCCAGGCUGCAGCCUGGGGCUGGUGGAGCAGGAGGAGGAGGAGGAGGUGGAGGAGGAUGAGCCUGGCAUGGCUCACCAUGACACGGCCAAGGCCACCCCCCCAGCAGAGCUCCAGGCCCAGGCAGUGCCGGAGCAGGCGGAGCAGCCGUCGGAUGAGCAGCCGCCCGUGGAGGAGGAAGCACCAGACAGUGACAGCCCCCCCUCAGCAGGGGAUGAGCAGCCCCCCGAGGCCGACCCACCCCGGCCGGGCUCUGCACUGGAGCAGAGAGGUUUUCCAGAGGUGAUUACAGACAUCCCUGACACAGCUCUUCUCCCGGCAAAGGUGCCGGUGGAUGUCAUGAAGGACUCCGAUAUUUUGGAAAUAGUUGAGCAGGCCCUGGAGUUCAAUCAGGAGCUGGUGAUGGGGGCGAGGGCGGCCGAGGGAGGGCAGCAGGGUCCUGGCAGGACCGAGCUCCCCCAGGAUGCUGGAGAAGACUCCUCCCCGGCCUCGUCCAGCGAGGAGGAGCCGACGGUGCAGGAGGCGCCGGAGCCGGAGGGUCGGGUUCAGGCUGCGAACGGGCUGCACCGGGAGGCCAGUUUGGAGGACCUGGCCGAGUUCACCGAGGAGGUGCUGAACGGCAUUGCCAGCAUGGCCCCGGCACAGGAGCUCCCCUCGGGGACCGCAGACCCCUCCGUGGGGAUGCCAGCGCAGCCCCCCCCUCCCAGAGACACCAAGCUGGGGGAUGGCACCCCAUGGGGCAAACACGGCAGAGCCGACCCCGUGCCCCCCGCUCUGGGGGAGGAUGUCCUGUGCCUCACACCCGACCAGCCACCAGCGUGUCGCCUGAGAGCCGAGCAGGAGCCCUGGGCCGCGGGGGAUGAGUGACAGCGGUGGGGGGACCCCCUGGUAGCCCCUUCCCUGCCAUGACCCAGCACCCCCACUUCCCCCACCCACCCUCCUAAUGCUCCCCCACCUCCUUAUGGUUUUUAACAUGUUUGUGUGGAUUUUUUGCACCCCUUUUCAGAGUGAAGAACCACCAAGCUCUGUUCCACCCCACAGCCUCCCCCUCCCCAAAAAAAUUCGCAUGCUUGCUUUGGGACCCCCACCUCAUUUUGAGCCUCCUCUGGGUGGGUUGCCAUUGGCUGUAUUUAAUUUAAACUCUGUGUUUCCCCCUUCCCUGCAAUGUCCUCUCCUUCUGCCCCCCCAGCAUCUGCCCUAGGAAGGCCAGCUGGAGGCUGGGGACCCCCACAUGCUGCACCCCAGGACUCAGUGCCUCGGGGUGAUGUCACCCCGGGGUCCCCAGCCCUGACUCUCCGACAAGGGGGCUGAGCCAAGCUGGAUGUUUCCGCUGCCUUGACGUUAAUUUAAUAAAGCCUCAUCCUCCCA